CCUCAGCAGAAACAAUUAUCGGCAUGAGUAGAACAAUGGGCAUACUUAAGUUGGGUCUAAAAACCACUUGAUACUUAAAGGCGUUUAUUACUGUCACUUUCUUCAUCGCGUGAUAAACAAACAACUGCUCUUCAAAAACAAAUCGUCAUCACCUAUAAUCUCCCUCAAUUCUACCAAGAUGGCAAUCUCAGAAGUGAUGAAGGCUGUGGUUUUUAAUGGCCCAUAUAAGAUCUCUGUGCAAGACAGACCAAUUCCUCAGAUCCAGAAUUCUCAGGACAUUAUUGUGAAGGUCAACAUGACUGCUUUGUGUGGAUCAGAGCUACACUUGUACCGAGGCGUUGAACCAACAGAACCUGAUUUUAUCAUGGGUCACGAAUUUACAGGUACUGUUGUUGCUUUGGGCUCUGAAGUCAAGACCGUGAAGAUUGGAGACAAAGUCGUCUCCCCCUUUACCGCUUCUUGUGGCGAGUGCUACUACUGUCAGAAUGGUGGCUCAGCACGAUGUGUCAAGAGCCAAGCCCUUGGUUCUCCCAAUCUCGAUGGAGCUCAAGCAGAAUAUGUCCGUGUACCGUUCGCAGACGGGACUGUGAUCAAGGCCCCUGAGGGGAUCCACGACCAGGCCCUUAUUCUAAUGGCUGAUAUCUUCCCCACUGGUUAUUUCGGUGUCCAGAGCGGAGUUGAGAUGAUGCCGAAGCUAGAUAUGCAAGAUUCGACUAUCGUGGUGAUUGGCUGUGGUCCCGUAGGACUAUGUGCCAUUGUUGCUGCGGCAGUGCUCAAGCCAAAGCAUCUAUUUGCUGUGGAUAGUGUUCAGAGCAGACUUGAUCAGGCUGCGAAGCUUGGUGCCGAGCCUCUCAACUUCAUGGAGAGCAGGGACAAAAUGAUUGAACAGGUAAAGUCAGUUACUGAUGGCAGAGGCGCUGAUAUAGUGGUGGAAGUGGUCGGGCUAUCGCCAGCCCUUCGAACAGCAUUUGACCUCGUUCGGUCGUUCGGUGCCAUCAGCAGCAUUGGUGUCCAUAACGCAGAGAUCCCUUGGUCAGGCAGUGACGCGUACAAUAAAAAUGUUCGUCUGCAAAUGGGACGGUGCCCAGUAAGAAGUAUCUUUUCUGAGGCAAUGGAAGUUCUCAAGCAAGAACAGGAUUCUCUCAGCUUCCUAUUCGACAACAUUCUUCCUCUAUCAGAGGCAGUUCGAGGCUACGACCUGUUCAACGAGUCCAAGGUCCAGAAGAUCGUUUUCCAAGUCUGAUGUUUAUAUGGCCUCAGACCCUAUUACUGCCUGUUGUUUUCAAGACUCUUUGGGAAGAUACCUUAGAGAGGAAAAGUCUAAAUGGUCAAUUGUCUAAUUCUACAUUCUAGUUUGUUGUUGCCUGGUCUGAUUGCUCAGUCAUAUGUCCCCUCACUCCUGGUUGAUACUGCCAGUUCCAAAGAGCUCCAUGUUGAUUUGCUCGUGCGCAACCCCUAAACUUUGUAGCUUAUCUCUUGUUGCUACCAUCCAAGAAGCAGGUCCACAAAUAAAAAAUUGAGAUCCCUUGUUUUCCAAUUCUUCCUUCUUUGCUUGAUACACAACAUCGAGGUCUAAUCGUCCCUCGAAAUCAUAGUCUUCGCCUUUCUUAUCGUUUUGGGCCACGUUCUUGAGCCAGGUAAGAGUCUCGACGUUCUCGUGGCCCGCCGAUACACUGCAAACAUGUGUUCGGAAAGCCAUGUGCUGCGAUGUUCUAGCUGCGUGGAGCCAGAGGAUAGGUCUGUUUGCCAUCUUCGAUUGAGGCGAGCUGAGAACUGACUCGAGCAUGGACAUCAAGGGUGUAACACCAACGCCCGCCGAUAUUAGAAUGAGAGGUGCAUUUGCCUUUGUAUCAUCUUCAAUGUCAAGCCAGAAUUCGCCACGAGGAUAUGUCAUCUCAAUCUCCUCUCCAACCUGAUAGUGGUUAUGUAGGAGAUUGGAGACGGUGCCGGGCAAAGGUUCGUCUUUUCCUUCCAGAGUGAAACUCUCCUUCUUGAUACUGACUCGGUAGUAGUCACUGUGAGGUGCCUGACUCAUGCUGUACUGACGACAUUGGAAGAUGCCACCGAGCUCAGGUACAUUGAUUCGGAGGCUGACAUACUGACCAGGACGGAACGAAGGCAGGGGUGUCUUGCCAUCAGAUGGAGCCAGAUAAAAACUUGUGAUGAGAUCUGCUUCCUUCUCACGCUUGGCAAUCUUGAACUUCCUCCAGCCAUCCCACUCGCCGGCCUCUUGAUACAAUUGCUUCUCGCGGUUGAUAAAUAUAUUGGCUAGUUGACCGUACGCAGCCGUCCACGCAUCAGCGAUGUCAUCCGUGAGGGCAUCGCCUAGUACUUCUCCAAUGGCUUUGAUAAGCUGCUCGCCAACAAGAGCAUAUUGAUCUUCCGUAACCUUCAGACUGACAUGUCUCUGGGCAAUACGUUCGAUUGUAGAUGCUAAAAAUUCGGGCUUGUCGAUAUAGGUGGCAUACGCGAGCACAGCACCAGCCAGAGCUUUGGCUUGGGCGCCAUCGUGUUGAUGGCUGAGGUUGAAGAUGUUGCGGAGAUCGGGGUAGGUGCCAAUCAAGUUCUUGUAGAACAAGGAUGUAAUGGUCUCUCCAUGAAUCUUGAGUACAGGGGCUGUUGACUUGACAAUGUCAACUUGGGAAGUUGUUAACGACAUGACGGAUAGUUGGUAUUAAAGAAGAAUGAAUUAAUCUCUGACUGUGCGAUGCAGAGGAAUGUCGAGAAACGCUGGCAUGUCUUGUUAAUAUAUAUAGCGGAUCAACGACACAUUUUCCAUUGUUCAUGCUUGUGAAAUCUGACUUUGUCAUCCUUGACCCCAUAGGUAGAUGCCAGGAUGAAGCAUGCGUUCUAAAAAUUCCUUUUU